AUGGAACCAAAGCACACAUCAAAACUCGACGCGGUCCACGAGGAGGACGCAAUUGGGUAUCGGGAGUACAUCGAGGGGCUCAAUUUUGAAGUAUCGGAUAAGGAGAGCCGCCGCGUACGGUGGAAAAUCGAUCUCAUCAUCCUGCCGAUUUUCUUGGUGACGCAGGCAUUACAAUUCAUGGACAAGACUGCAUUGAACUAUGCGAACCUGUUUGGUUACCAACAGGCUCUGGACCUGCGCGGCCAGGAGUUCAACUACCUAUCUGCGAUGGUUUACUUUGGCUACUUCCUGGGACAAUACCCCUGCGGCUGGUUGAUCGGUCGAUAUUCAGCUCAGAAAGUCAUCUCGGUCUCAAUUCUGGCAUGGGGCUUUUUCGUCGUUAUCAUGACCCAGUGUCGAUCCUACUCGAGCGCCCUAGCCGUCAGGUUCUUGAUGGGUAUUUUCGAGGCAGCUGUCACGCCGGGACUGAUCCUCAUGACUGGCUUUUGGUACACACGACGCGAGAUCCCGCUACGUCAGUGUAUCUGGUAUUCCUCACUGGGGUGGGGAGGGAUCAUCGGAAGUUACAUUUCCAAAGGCAUAUCGUCCUUGCCGGAAGACAUGACACCGGAAAGAUGGGAGCUCAUCUUCUACAUCCUGGGAGGUGCCACCAUGUUGUGGGCGGUGUUCGUCUACUUGUUCCUCCCAGACGCGCCUUCAAAUGACCGGUUUCUAAACCACCGAGAGCGAGUCAUCGCCGUCAAGCGGGUUUCCGCCAACGAGACAGGCAUCAAGAACAAGGCCUUCAGCAAGAAUCAAGCCCUCGUUGCGUUUUACGACCCCAAGGCGAUUCUGCUGUUCAUCUCUGUCUUUGCUGCGGCGAUACCAAACGGCGUGGUGAAUUCCCUCUCGACGAUCAUCAUCAGAGACCUGGGGUUCUCUACCGAGAAGACCACCGAACUCAAGUCGGUGGGCGAUGCUUUGCAGAUUGUGGCACUGAUAGUCGGGGGAACAAUCACGCUCAAUGUGCCGAACUCGAGACUCCUCACGGCUACCGCCGCCAACAUCCUCUGCACGGUGUCUGCGGCUUGCAUGGCCUACUUGCCCAGGUCAAACACUUGGGGCAGAUUGGUCUCCUUUUGGCUGGUAAACACCCAGUCAGUUGGCUUCACUGUGUCGCUGACCACCAUAUCUUCCAACGUGGCCGGCUACACCCAUAGGUCCUUCGCCAGUGCCAUGAUCUUCACGGCUUACUGCUGGGGUAACUUCGCUGGACCCUUCGUGGUCAAAGAAAGUGAGGCCCCCGACUACCGAGGAGCGACUAUAGGCCUCUUGGUGGGCUAUGCGAUCAAAGCCGGGUGUCAUCUGGCUCUCCUGGGAUACAUGUUCAUGGACAAUAAACGGCGCGACAGAGUCUAUGGUUUGGCAAACAAGGAGUCUAGCGAUGAGGCCGGUAUGCAGGAUCAGACUGAGUUUGAGAACAAGGACUUCCGAUAUGUACUAUAA